CUAAUAAAAUAAGGAUAAUGUAAUAUAGAAUAGAAUAAAUCUUCUUCUAAGUUCUCGCAUAUUCAUACACACUCUAAUUUCUUUCACUUCGAGCUACAGGUUAAGCUUAGUACUUUGAUGGCAAACUUUUGCAAGGCUAGAACAUGAUUACCAUAUUGCAUCCAUCAUUCGGCUAUAGAAAAAAUAUUAAAGUAUUAACUAUUAUGUAUAAAGAAAUCAAAAACAACUAACUUACUCGGUGACAAAUGGUCUCCAGCUCUAAUGGCAGAUUCCUAACCAAAUGUCCCAUCUAUGUACUUACCAAGCUCACUCGACAUUUUAUCUACCACAUUUUGAUCAGGGACAACUUCUCAACACAUGAAAUGUAGUCAUCCCACACUUUUGCAUCCAAAGUUUCAGCAGCUUCAUUCUUAUAAUACAACCCUGGGUUCAGAAUAUGUCUUGCUGCAUGCAAAGGUCGAUGAAGUUGACCUGACCAUCUUUUAUCAAUGAUCUCAAAAACUUUGUCAUACUGCUUCUCAUCACUCCUAAAUGAUUUUGCAAUAGAUUCUUUGGCCAGAUCCAUAGCUUUAUAAAGAUAGCCCAUUGGUGGUUUUUUCACCCCAUCCACCAAACAAAGUACGAUAAUCAAAGGACCACCAACUUUAAGUGCCUUAACAACAUCAUUCCAAAAUGCUGGAGAAACAAUAUGCCUCGCAACCUCUUUCCCCGUUCCAUUCAUUUGAAGUGACCAGGCUUUUUAAGUUUUUCUUUUGCAUGUAAAAACUAUGAAAAGUCUAGAAAGCUGUUGCAAAUCUAGUCUUGCUCGGUCUCACCAAAUUUCUUUCAUUUGUAAACUUCCUCAUCAAGUUUAAUAGCAAUGGCCUCUGACUAAUGUAAGCAUACAUCUUAGUGGCCUUGAUAAAAACUAUAAAAGAAAUACAAAAUAGUUAAUAAGUAUAGAUUGUAAAGAAAGUGGAUGCUAUAUUAAACACAAGUACACAACUGUAUUAAAGUUACCUGAAGCAUACGGGUUCAUCUCGAAAAUGUCACCAAAUAUCAAAUUGAUACAAUGGGCAACACAUGGAGUCCAAUAAAUAUGUGGAAAUAUGCCCUUCAUCAUGUCACCUGCUUUUACAUUUUCACUAGCAUUAUCGGUAACCACUUGUACAACAUUAUCCUUUCCAAUUAACUCAAUAGUCUUCUCAAACAAGCUGUACAUUUUAGUGGAAUCUGUAGAAGAGUUCACUUUGUGUUCUUCAACAAUCUUGUCCACCUUCUUCACCUCUUUUUUGAGAUAAGUAACUCUAUACUCAAACUUCGUGAUAGGUGGGAGGCUUCAUUCCAGAGCCAUAUUCUCCUAUGUAGGCAAUGACUUUUUUAAAACUUUUGCAAUUGACACAAUUGAAAGGGAGCCCUGGAUCAUAGACCCAUCUUACAAAAGCACCUACAACAUGACCCCUUAAAAGCUUCUUGGUUCUUUCUAUACUCGAAUUAUUACCCGCCCCUUCCUUUGACUUCUGUGAGUAAUAAAGAUUCAAAGGACCUUUCGUCCCGGUCUUCCUUUUUUGAGUUUUGGAGGGAGGAGGCUCCAUUCAUCAACUUCAUCCAUAUCAUCAUCAUAUGAUCAGCCACACAUGUAUCGAAACUCAUUUGAGUUUUUGCCAUAUUCUUUUGUUCCAUAUAAGCUCUUAUUUCCGCUAUAACCGAUUCCGGACAUCUUGUACAAGGUUAGAAUCUGUUCAGAUACCAAGUAAAUGUUGUUUGUGCCGGGUUAUUUCACCGUUGCUGCUUUUUUCACAAAAAAUACAUAUAACUUCAUGCGGAGUUUGACCUUUUCUACCAAAAUUCCAAUCUAUGUCUUUGCUCUCGGAACGGGAUGAUGACAUGAUUGAAAUCUGUUUAUAUAACUAUAAAAGACAAAAACUCAUAUAACUUAAAAAAUAAUAACAAUACUGAAAUGGAAAAAAAGAAAUCUUCGGAAUAGGGUCAUCGGCCGGCUGCCGGAAAAGUCAGAUAUGCCUGAACAAGGCUAAUCUGCUGCAGCGGCUGUCGGAAAAGUCAAAGAAAGAAAGAAGAAAGAAAAGAAAGAAGAAUAAGAAGAAGAAGAAGAAGGAGGAAAGAAACAGGUAAGGAAAACCCUAGCUGCAGCGACUGAGGAAGAUGGAAAUGCAUCAGCGGCUGAAAGUGAAACCCUAGUAUUCAUGAUGGAAUGAUUGAAUUGGCAUUGGAUCCACAGAAGAAUCGCACGGGAAACAUAUGGCACAUAUGCGUUGAGGAGUUGCCCCGAGGUGAUGUCCUUUAUGGUUAUCGCAUUGAUGGACCACGAAAUUGGCAUGAAGGGCAUCGAUUUGACGACAGCAUCAUUUUGAUUGAUCCUUACGCAAAACUAAUUGAAGGUCGGCGAGCUUUUGGAGAUGAUAACAAUAAAAUGUGUAGAUUUCUUGGAACUUAUGAUUUCAACAGCUUGCCUUUUGACUGGGGAGAAAAUUACACACUUCCAAAUAUACCUGAGACAGAUCUUGUUAUAUAUGAGAUGAAUGUCCGUGCUUUUACUGCUGAUGAAACAAGUGGUGUGGAUCCAGAUCAACGGGGAAGCUACCUUGGUUUGAUUGAAAAGAUACCACAUCUUCUGGAGCUUGGCGUUAAUGCAGUAGAAUUAUUGCCUGUCUUUGAGUUUGAUGAACUGGAGUUGCAAAGGCGACCUAAUCCGAGAGAUCACAUGAUCAAUACAUGGGGUUACUCAACAAUGAACUUUUUUGCUCCAAUGAGUCGAUAUGCAAGUUCUGGUGGGGGACCUGUCAGUGCUUCCCGGGAGUUCAAAGAAAUGGUCAAGGCCUUGCAUGGUGCAGGAAUUGAGGUCAUUUUAGAUGUUGUUUAUAAUCACACAAAUGAAGCUGAUGAUGAAAACCCGUAUACAACCUCAUUCCGAGGAAUAGACAACAAGGUUUAUUACAUGGUGGAUUUGAACAACAAUGCUCAGCUGCUGAACUUCUCUGGAUGUGCCGAGGGUCUUUCGGAAACAACCUCUCUAUCUUCUGAGCUGGGGGCAAGGUCUGCGUACACUUUACCCUCCCUAGACCCCACACAGUGGGAUUUCACUGGAACUGCUUCCAAUGCACCAACAAAUUUCAUUUGCUUCAGUACACUUCUUACAUUCACUUUGAGAAAUACUUUUAACUGCAACCAUCCUGUAGUCAUGGAACUUGUACUUGAAAGCUUAAGACACUGGGUCACCGCGUAUCAUGUCGAUGGAUUUCGCUUUGAUCUUGCUAGUGUUCUUUGCAGAGGGACAGAUGGUACUCCCAUUGAUGGUCCCCCCCUUGUUAAGGCCAUUGCCAAAGAUAGUGUACUGUCGAGGUGCAAAAUUAUUGCUGAGCCAUGGGAUUGUGGAGGCCUUUAUCUUGUUGGAAAGUUUCCAAACUGGGACCGGUGGGCUGAGUGGAACGGGAAGUACCGUGAUGACAUUAGAAGAUUUAUAAAGGGCGAUGCUGGCAUGAAAGGAAAUUUUGCAACCCGUAUCGCAGGUUCAGCGGAUCUGUACAGGGUGAACAAGCGAAAGCCGUACCACAGUGUCAACUUUGUGAUUGCACAUGAUGGUUUUACCUUGUAUGACCUUGUUUCAUACAAUAGUAAGCACAAUGAUGCAAAUGGUGAAGGUGGCAAUGACGGAUGCAAUGAUAACUUCAGUUGGAAUUGUGGAAUUGAAGGUGAAACUUCAGAUGAAAAUAUUAAUGCUCUGCGUUCACGGCAAAUGAAAAAUUUUCAUUUGGCACUGAUGGUUUCGCAGGGAACAUCAAUGAUGCUUAUGGGGGAUGAGUAUGGGCAUACCCGCUAUGGAAAUAAUAACAGUUAUGGACAUGAUACCACUAUCAACAAUUUCCAGUGGGGACAGUUGGAAGCAAAGAAGAAUGAUCACUUCAGGUUCUUCUCCAAGAUGAUUAAGUUUCGCCUGUCGCACAGUGUUUUUAGAAAAGAAAAUUUCAUUGACAAGAACGAGGUUACCUGGCUUGAGGACAACUGGUACAAAGAAGAGAGUAGAUUCCUUGCAUUUAUGCUCCAUGACGGGAAUGGAGGAGAUAUUUACUUAGCAUUUAAUGCGCACCACUUUUCCGUCAAAGCAGCAAUACCUUCACCACCAGGAAAUAGAAGCUGGUACCGAGUGGUGGACACUAAUCUGAAAUCUCCUGAUGAUUUUGUUACUGAAGGCGUGGCUGGCAUCAGUGAAACUUACAAUGUUGCACCCUACUCUGCUAUUCUUCUUGAAUCAAAGCAAUAAUUACCGGGAUUAUGCUGCUCUAGAUAUUUUGUCCAUGGGCUAUCACCUUCUUCUGGAUUGGAUAGUUUGUAUCGGAAUUCAGGCACUAAUAAAAGCAUACAGUUAGCCUAUAGCUAAUGUAGUAGAGCAGAAAUUAUGUGAUAAGCAACCAGUUUGUUCAGGCUGCUAUUCAUAGGUACAAACACUCCAUAGUAACCAGAUCUGUUAGAGACUUGGUGCCUUCACCAUGUUUCAUUUUAAGGACAAAUUUUUAUGUGGAGUGUUUCCUUCUAAUGUUUAUUUACUCCCAUUAAUCUUAAAGCAAAUAGUUACAUUUA